UACACUAUCACUAGGGAGUGUUAUAGUUGAGAAGAAGAAAUGAAGAUCUUAAACCUUAUGAUUUCUCUUCUGUUUCUCUUCUCUUUCUCUCAGAUUCCAGCGCAAGCUGCCAAAAAGUCUUACGUGGUGUACUUAGGUACACAUUCUCAUGGAUUUGAGCCUUCUUCUACAUUGGAUAUUCAUGGAAUUGCUGAGUCCCACUAUGAGUUAUUAGGUUCUUGCAUGAAAAGCAAGGAUAAGGCAAGAGAGGCAAUAUUCUAUUCAUAUACACAUUAUAUCAAUGGAUUUGCUGCAAUUCUUGAAGAUGAGGAAGUCCAUGAAAUUUCAAGACGGCCAGAAGUUGUGUCGGUAUUUGCUAAUGAAGAAAAUGAGCUGCAUACUACAAGAUCAUGGGAAUUUCUUGGUCUGGAGAAAAAUGGACAAAUUCCGGCUGACUCUUUGUGGCGAAAAGGAAGAUUUGGUGAAGAUGUAAUUAUUGGCAAUCUGGACACUGGAGUGUGGCCGGAAUCGGAGAGCUUCAAUGACGACGAAAUGGGACCUAUACCAUCGAAAUGGAAAGGAAAAUGCGACACAAACGAUAAGGUUAAAUGCAACAAAAAGCUAAUCGGAGCAAGAUACUUCAACAAAGGCUAUUUAGCUUCUUUAGGCACUCCUCUAAACACUUCCCACGACACCGCUCGCGAUACGAACGGCCAUGGCACACACACCCUCGCCACAGCCGCAGGACGCUUUGUCUCGGGUGCUAAUUUCUUAGGGUCCGCCAACGGAACUGCGAAAGGAGGUGCACCGAAUGCUCGGGUUGUUUCGUAUAAAGUUUGCUGGCCAAGUUGCUUUGAUGCUGAUGUAUUAGCGGCUUUCGAUGCUGCUAUUAGUGAUGGUGUUGAUAUCUUGUCGGUUUCGCUCGGAAGUCGACCGAGAUUUUACUUCAAUCAUGCCAUUUCGAUCGGUUCGUUUCAUGCGGUUGCUAAUGGGAUUCUUGUUGUUUGCUCUGCCGGAAAUUCUGGACCUUCUAUAAGUAGUUCUUCUAAUACUGCACCUUGGAUUUUCACUGUUGCUGCUAGUACUAUUGAUCGAAAUUUUACUUCGAGUGCCGUCCUCGGCAAUAAAAAGAUUUACAAGGGUCUGAGUUUCAAUACAAAUACAUUGCCUGCCAAGAAGUUUUAUCCAUUGAUUAACGCUUUGGACGCUAAGGGUCCCAAUGACACAUUUGACAGAGCACAUUAUUGUGUUGAAGAAACGCUUGAUCCGAGCAAGGUAAAAGGGAAAAUUGUGUACUGUGAUGCUGGUUUUAAUCAAGAUAUUGAGAAGAGCUACAUUGUUGGUAAAGCUGGCGGAAUAGGCGUAAUCCUUUCGAGUUUUUUUACAUCCACCCCUGAAGCUCAUUUUAUUCCUACUGCUGUUGUUUCUCUAAGCGACGGUCCUGCAAUUUUAACUUAUAUCAACAGCACCAAGUCACCAGUGGCUUAUAUAAGUGGUGCUACAGAAGUUGGAAAAGAUGUUGCACCCGUCAUGGCCUCAUUUUCAUCUCUUGGACCUAAUGCCAUCACUCCAGAUAUUCUUAAGCCGGAUAUAACAGCACCUGGAGUAAACAUUUUAGCUGCUUUCACUAAAGCACGAGGAUCGACUAACACAUUCGUCGAUCAUCGCCAUCUUCCGUUCAAUAUUCUUUCCGGAACUUCAAUGUCGUGUCCUCAUGUUUCCGGCGUCGCCGCUCUUCUCAAAAGCUUGCAUCCCUAUUGGAGUCCUGCUGCCAUUAGAUCUGCAAUCAUGACAACAGCAAGUACUAGGACCAACACCAGAAAACCAAUCUUGAACGAGACUCAGAGCCAGGCAACUCCAUUCAAUUACGGUUCAGGUCAUAUCCGGCCGAACCGGGCAAAGGACCCAGGCUUGGUUUACGACUUAGGCCCCAAUGACUACUUGAACUUCUUGUGCUCAAUUGGCUACAACAAAACACAAAUAUUAACCUUUAACAAGUCACACAAGUGUUCAUCAGCCAAUAGUACCUUGUUGAACUUCAACUAUCCAUCGAUGUCGGUCCCUAAUCUCUCCGGUAAUGCAACAUUAACUCGAACCUUAAAGAAUGUCGGAAAUCCGGGCACGUAUAAGGUUCGUGUCAAGGCGCCUAAGGGAGUCAUCGUCAAGGUCGAUCCGAGGAGUUUGAAAUUUACUAAGAUAAGUGAAGAGAAAAAUUUCAAGGUGAUGAUAAUAGCGAAGGGAUUAUCUCGGAGUGACGGCUAUGUAUUUGGGACUCUGGUUUGGUCGGAUGGGGUGCAUAAUGUAAGAAGUCCUAUAGCUGUGAAAAAAAGCAAGAAAUAAUCUUAUUUCACCUCGUUGUAAUGAAGAAAAAGCAAGAGUUUGGGGUUUAUUCGAAUUUUUUUUAAUGCUAUGAAAUUAAUAAAAAAAUUAAGUAUUUUAAUUA